AUGUCGAGCUCCAAGGGUGCCCUCAAAGCCAUCAAUGAUGCCAUAGGCAAGCAGAAAUUUGAUGAAGCCAUCAAGCAGGCCAAAGCACUUCUCGAAAAGGACUCCAAGAACUACCAAGCACACAUAUUCCUCGCCUUUGCUCAUGACAAAAAGGGCCAGGCUGAUGAAGCUGAAGCCGCAUAUCGCUCUGCGGCAGCACUGAAGCCUCAGGAUCGGCAGGCAUGGCAAGGGCUCGUUAAGCUCUGCGAGAAGCAAGGCACGAAGAAACUGGCCGUGUACCAAGAAGCAGUAGUGAAUCUCGCCCACAUAUUCCACAGCGCAGACGACCUGUACAAAUCCCAGGAUGUCGUCAUCAAAUUUAUUGACCACGUCCGGGUGCACGGUGACAAGAUGCAGUAUGCCGAUGCGCUUUGGAUUCAGCUGCCCGAUAGUCCCGUGUAUUCCAUUCUUGAGGGUCGUUUUCCACCCCCCGGCGAAAUCUACGAACGCAUUGCUGGUAUCCUUGAGGAUUAUGAGAAGAAGCGCGUGAACAUCCUCAUUGGAGAGCGCCGGACAAGGCUUGGCGCAAAGAUCGGCGAGGUGACUCUUGAGGUCAAGCGAGAAGUUUAUUCCCAGAGCAAGUUGGAGCAUAUAUAUCGUCAACUCAUCAACUGGACAACCAAUGACGAGGUUCGACGCAGUUACGAGGAGAAGCUCCUCGUGUACUGCUACGAGAGACUUUUGGUCACGCCUGCUGGUCCGAUCAAGGAUAAAGAGCGCGAGAAGGUCAUCAGACUGGCAAACGACAUGGUUGUCAUCAAGCACCCAUUCAAGCUCGCUUGGGACAUUGCCGUUGAGUGGCAGGACAACGCUGAUAUCGGUGCUUGGAACAUUGAUGUCUUGAAAGGAUACUGUACACACUUCCCGGACAGCGACCUCUACAAGAUCCUCACUGCAUUUCUCACCAGCACCAUAUCGCCCUUUGCCGAGGCCAAGAAAGGAGACAACAAAGAUCGGAGGGCAUCGCUGACCAAAAGUCCGGAUGAGAGCUCAGAUGACGAUGAUGGGGGAGUGCCUACUUACGCCGUUCCCCUAACGGACGAGGAGCGCCUAAUUAUGCUUACCGAGGGCCUCACUACAUUGGAAUCGACACUUGGAUACAGGAUAGCUGGCCUGCUCUUCCUCCACGCGGGCGAAUACGAAAGCACCGUCGAGUUUAUGCGCAAAGCACGGGCUUUCUUGGCCAGGGAGAAAUCAAAGACUGGUUUGAAAUUCCGAAACACCGACGACUCAUAUCUCAUCAGCCUCGGCACAGCUCUCGUGUACUACCAGUCUCCUAGGCAUCAUUCGGAAGCCAAGUCGCUCUUUGACAAGGUCCUAGACCACGAUGAGACAUCUACCCAGGCCCUGAUAGGGGUUGGUCUAAUCUACGAAGAGGAAGAGGAAUACGACAAGGCCAUUGACUUUCUCAGCCGGGCUCUGGAGCGCGACGCUGGAAACAUCCAAGUACGGUCUGAGGCUGCUUGGGUCAAAGCGCUCAAGGGUGACUGGCAGACGGCCAAGAACGAGCUUCAUAACUGUCUGUCACUCAUCGAUAAGAAGGACCCCCCCAAGAACCUCCUAGCCGACACACAGUAUCGCCUGGGAUGCUGUCUCUGGAAUAUUGACUCUAGCCGCUCAGCGAGAAAGCAGCGCAAAGGAGAGGCUGCCUACCCAUAUUGGCUCAGUGCGCUGAACAAUAACCUCAACCAUGCCCCGACAUAUACCAGUCUCGGCAUAUAUUACGCCGAUUAUGCCAAGGACAAGAAGAGGGCGCGCCGCUGCUUCCAAAAGGCUCUUGAGCUGUCCUCCUCCGAGGUUGUGUCGGCAGAGAGGCUGGCGCGAUCCUUUGCCGAUGACGGUGAUUGGGAUCGCGUGGAGCUAGUCGCCCAGCGCAUUGUCGACUCUGGAAAGGUAAAGCCGCCGCCCGGGUCUAAGAGGAAGGGCAUCAGCUGGCCCUUUGCUGCUCUCGGUGUGGCCGAGCUGAACAAACAAGAGUUCCACAAGGCCAUCGUCUCGUUCCAGGCGGCGCUACGCAUUUCCCCCGGAGAUUACCAUUCGUGGGUCGGCCUAGGCGAGAGCUACCACAGCUCGGGGCGCUAUGUUGCUGCUACCAAGACGGUGCUCAAUGCGCAGAAACUGGAAGAGGAGCUGGGGCUCGAUAUAUCUGGUGACACGUGGUUCACCAAGUAUAUGCUUGCCAACAUCAAGCGUGAGCUUGGUGAGUAUGACGAGGCUAUUGACCUCUACAAAAUUGUCAUGGAAACACAACCAGGAGAGGACGGUGUUAUCCUCGCUCUCUUGCAGACGGUAGCUGAGAAUGCUCUUGCUUCUGUUGAGAAGGGUCUCUUUGGCAAAGCGGCUCAGCUGGCUGCCGAAGCAAUCAAGUUCGCUACAUCCACGGCUGAGGGUGCCGUGGUCGGGUCUUUCAACUUUUGGAAGACGAUCGGUGAUUCGCUGUCCAUAUUCUCCAUGGUUCAGAGCCGUAUUGGGGAGCUUCCAGUCGACCAUGUUCAGACUCUGCUGGACCUCAUAUCUGACGAGGCCGUCAAUAUUCUCGGGACUGAAGACAAGGUAACAAAAGAGCCCAAUUCUGUGCACGGGUUUGAUUUUGGCGGUGAGACAGAAGGCGGUAUGUCGCGCUGUAUACAUGCCAUGAUACUCUCUUUCAAGCAAGCCAUCCAGGUUUCAGUUCAGGAUCGGUACGCCCAGGCUGUGGGCUACUACAACUUGGGCUGGGCGGAGCAAGGUGCGCACAGGUGUCUGCCUCUUGAGCUGAGGAGGAAGACUAGCAACCACUCCAAGGCGGCCAUCCGCGCUUUCAAGCGUGCUAUUGAGCUGGAGGCAGGCAACUUUGAGUUCUGGAAUGCCCUGGGCGUGGCCACGAGUGAUGUGAACCCAUCAGUCUCCCAGCAUGCCUUUGUGCGGAGCAUCCACCUCAAUGAGAGAAGCCCUGUCGGAUGGACGAAUCUGGCCAUUCUCGCCCUCAUGUCGGGAGAUUUCGAGUUAGCCAACGAGUCCUUUACUAAGGCACAGUCGGCAGACCCCGACUAUUCCCACGCAUGGGUCGGACAGGGUCUGGUAGCCCUGAUGUAUGGGGACACCAAGGAGGCUCGGACGCUGUUCACACACGCCAUGGGGAUUUCAGAAUCCUUCUCUCUGCCUACGCGACAACACUACUCGACAUCCAUGUUCGACUACAUUGUCAGCUCACCCGAAAACACAGGGAUUGCGUCUCUCAUUCAGCCUCUAUUUGCCCUCAACCAAGUGCGUAGUCUUCGACCGCAGGAGCUCGCACUUGGUCACCUUGCCACCAUAUUCCAGGAGCGCACACACGACAGCACCCGGGGAGUGGAAAUCCUAGAGAGUAUCUGUUCGACACUCGAGACCCAGUAUGAGAAGACGGAAUCCCCCGUGGAUCUUGGACGAUUCACACUGGCCAAAACAGACCUGGCGAGAGUGUACCUAGCGGCCGGGUCAUACGACUUGGCAAUAGAGUGCGGCGAGACGGCCCUUGGGCUCAGCAGCGACGAGACAGACAGCGAGCUCUCUAGUGAGCAGCGCAAGAAGGCGAGGUUGUCAGCGCACCUGACCGUCGGACUGGCACAGUACCAUUCCAACGAAUAUGACGAGGCGCUCAAGUGCUUUGAGGAGGCCCUUGAGGAGUCGGAUAACAACCCCGAUGCAACAUGCCUGCUUGCCCAAGUCCUCUGGGCCCAAGGCAUGGAGGAAGCUAGGGACCGUGCGCGAUCGGCGCUGUUCGAGGUGAUUGAGCAGCAGCCUGGCCACGUGCAGAGCGUCCUGCUUCUUGGUGUGGUUGCCCUUCUCGACAACGACGAGGACAGUCUCGAGGCCGUGGUGGAGGAACUCCAGGGUCUGCGUACAAACGACAAGGUGACGCCUAGCAAGCAGUCGCACAUCGGAACAGUGCUGGGGGCCAUCGCUUCGCUAGGCCCGCAAAAGACGGAAGAUGACAAGUUGAACCAGAUGCAGAACGACGUGAUGCUGUACCCCAGCCUGCCGCACGGGUGGUCGUCGCUAGCGGAGGUGACGGGCGAUGAGUACGCCGCUCAGAUGGCCCUUCGCGUAGCUGUCAGGGGGGUGCCUCCCAGGGGAGAACUGGAGGCGCAGCAUCUGUCCAAGGCGUAUGCCGGAACCGGGACGGCCGGUGAUGCGCAAAGGGCUAUUUUUGUGGCGCCGUGGGAGCAAGGGGGUUGGGAGUCGUUGUCUAGAGCCACAGUGGGAAUUUGA